AUGCAAGUUCCCCCUGGACGAGGCCAUGGGCGCGCUGCCUCGGGCGACGAGCGACGGCGAACCGCCCUGACGCGCCGUACGACAAAGGGUCCACUCGACGCCGAUGACAUCGUUAUAGACGACCCUCUCGCUGAGAGUACCGCCACCCUGCCUGCGCGCGUUCGGUCGCCAGCACGGCCUCAACCUUCCCCGCAGCCGUCGUAUGAGGGCCCAACACGCGGCAUCGACGACAUCCCCCACAAGGACUUCAGCUUCCUCCAGGACCCGCAGGCAUAUCACGUCUUGCCAGUUACCAGUGUCCCGCCUCCGUUCCUCAAUGCGCCGCAUGCCCCGCCGAUAUCCUCGCCCAUAGACACACUUCUCCUAUCAGGCCAUUACCGUCUCGCCGCCAUCGCCGCAGCACGCAACCUCAUCUCCGCUGCUCCAGGCGACCACGACACCCUACUACACCUCAUCCACGUACGUCUAGCAUGCCUCUGUCUACUCCAAGAACACGCGCUCGCCGCGCAGGAAUCCAAAGUUUUGGGUGACCUCAACAGCGCCUUCUACCGCCACCCCCUCACAAACGCACACCUCGUACCCUGGGAUCUUCGCCUCCUUGUCGUACGACUAGCUGCAUUGGGGUAUGGAGAAUGGCGCAAGGGCAUAAUGGGGUACUACGAACUCGCACGCGAAUGCAGGGAGAGCAUCCUCAAAGCAGGUUCGGAUGAGGAUAAAGCGACCUGGCGAUCGCGGCUACGAGACUGCGGUAUUCGUGUUGCGAAUGUGUUGGUGGAAAUGGGCGAUUUCGAGGGCGCAGGGAGACAUCUAGCAACCCUCGCUGCGGACGGCGAUCAGACACGGGAGAUAUCGCUUAUGGAGACACUCGUCUGGCUCAGAGUCGGAGACAUGGCAUCGGCACGCCGUUGUCUCGCCCGCGCAUCCUCCGCCUCAGCCGACGCCCUCGUAGACGGCACGCUGAACGCGCUCAUCCAGCUCGCCGACUCCGACUACGCCGCCGCUGCCGAAUCUUUCCAAGCCCUCCACGAAGAGUUCCCUGAAGAUGCAAUGGUAGCGCAGAAUCUGGCUGUGUGUCUGCUCUAUACGGGUCGGAUAUCGGAUGCCAGAGACAUACUCAGUCAGCUGGUAGACGAUAGUUCGCCUUUCCACUCGCUGGUGUUGAACCUGAGUACGGUGUAUGAGUUGUGUACGGAGAGGAAUAGGGAGAAGAAACUUGGGCUGGCGGAGAGAUUGGCAGGACGGAGGGAUGGGGGUGGAGUGGGUUGGGAGCGUAGUAAUGCCGAGUUCAAGCUGUAG